AAAGGGUCGUUUCCGAUAUCUAGUCAAACUCAUUUGUAAACCAGUUUAAAAGAGAAUUUGUCGUAAGGAACACACCGUUAAAUCGUUUAAUGCUCUAUUUUAUAUUCAGUGGACACCUGAACUGUGAUGUCUCAGAGAGCUAUACCACAGAGUAAAGAGGCACUGCUCAAAUCCUACACUCUGCGCCUUAAAGAGGAUGUCAAGUCUAUGCUAGAUAAUUAUACAGAAGUUAUUAAGCUUGCAAGAGUAGAAGAGGAAAGUCAGCUAUCUCGGGCGACACAGGCAGAACAGGACCAGUAUGAAAUGCAAGUUCGUGCUGCAAAUAUUGUGAGGGCUGGUGAAUCUUUGAUGAAACUUGUUUCUGAUCUCAAAAUCUUUCUAAUAUUGAAUGACUUCCCAUCAGUGAAUGAAUCGAUCACAAAUAAGACAACUUUAUACAAACACAUGCAGAAUGAACUAGAUGCCAAGUUACUCAGCUUGCGGGAUGAACUUGCCACUGACCUUUAUGAACUAGAGGACGAAUACUACUCAUCAAACUAUAAAUAGAUCUGAAAUACACAGUUG